AUAAUUUUGUUUCUUCACACAGAAGCACUUCGAUUUUCUGUCGAAAGAAUGGCGAAUAAAGAAGGGAAUCCUACAUCUUUGCUUGUAGAUCAAGAAAUUGAACAACUCACAGGCAUGGCAAGAGAUGAGGCAAUAUUAGCACACCAGGACAAACUUGAGAAAGAGAUAAAAGAGUCCACCCAACUUAUUAGUGAGAAGCUACCACUCUCUGUUCUCACAGAUGAAUUCAAAAGUGAUCCUGUUUACUGUCAGAAAGUAGAAGACCUUUUAACAAAACACAGAUUUAUCAGGAAAACAAGAGGUGAUGGGAAUUGUUUCUUCCGUGCGUUUGGAUUUGCUUACUUUGAAACUCUUCUAACAGACAAAGAGGAGCUACACAGAUUUAUUGGCAUUACAAAGAAGAGCAAGGAUGAGCUGAUAUCACUAGGUUUUCCUGCCUUUACAUUAGAGGACUUUCAUGACACAUUUAUGGAAGCAGUGCAAUCAAUCCAAGUUAAACCAAGCCUAGAGAACCUGAUAGAGACCUACUGUGACCAGGGUAUAUCUGACUAUCUGGUAGUCUACUUUAGACUUCUCACUUCAGGAGAACUAAAGAAGCGAGCGGACUUCUAUAAGGACUUCAUCGAAGCUGGGAGGACUGUCCAAGAGUUCUGUAGCCAGGAAGUCGAGCCGAUGUCCAAAGAGAGUGACCACAUCCACAUCAUUGCUUUGACCAAUGCACUAGAGGUGGGCAUUAGGGUAGCAUACCUUGACAGAGGCGAAGGGGGCAAGGUCAACUGUCACGACUUUCCAGAUGGCUGUACACCUCAAGUCAUGCUCCUGUACAGACCAGGCCACUAUGAUAUACUCUACUCAUAGUCACGUUCUAAGUGCUCUCUAGGCAGAGCUUGUUACGGAACAGGAAGGAACUUCUUCAGGUGACUUCUGAAGGUUUUGUAGAAGCUGCUGCCUCUGAUAGACUGCUCUACCAUGGAGGCUAACAGCAUAGCGAUUGUUGGAGUGUGCCCUUGAAGAGUGGUAUUCGGGUGCAUGUUCUUGAUGACUUUUGGAAGAAUGAAACCAAUUUGUGACAUGAAAGGAUUUUGAUUGAUUUACAGCAUCAAGUUUCCAACAGCUUCUGGGGAAAGUUGUAGUAUAUUCAAGUAAGAGUUCAUCUGAAUUUUAUUGGAAUUACAGGAAAUGGGGUUUGGAGAUGUAGAGAUUCACCUCAGAGCACCUGUGAUGGCUGCGAGUGUGAGUACUGAUUGUGUUUAACUCAAUCACUGUGGUACUGUGAGUCUGAGUGAACUUUUUUUUCUUCAAAAUAUUGUAUUAUUAUUGAGUAGACCAAGCUGAAAGAAAUCUGUUUCAUCUUUGAGGAUUACAGCACCCAGAUUGGUUUAAAGACCAUGAUUGUAAUGUUAAGUUGACCUUUCCCAAUCCUCUGGAACCCAGACACUUGUAAUGGCAUCAAGUUUACGCACAUGCCAGUAAUACAGCCAAUCUUGAUCAUUGAUAGUUUUGUAUGAUAUAAAUGUUCUGCGAUACAUUGCUUGCUGGCGAAGCUCUUCGUCUAACUAAAUUCUAAGCCACCUCAAGUUUAUUGAAAUAAUUGACUCAGAGUAACCCAAUGUCCGGCAAUGGAAGACCAUGUCCAUAGAUGCCAUAUUAAAUGUCUUCAAUAUCACUCUCAUUAGUCUUGGAGAUUUUUUCUGCUUUUUUUUCAUUUUUUAAUGUAAUAUAGAAAUGUGUCAUAUAUAGAAAAGCGGCCUUUCCCUAAAAAUUUGGAAUUAUAAGGCCUGAGAUGGAAUUCAUUUAUUGACAUGUGCUUAAGAAAUUUCCAUAUUCGUGUAUUGCUUACAUUUUUGGUUCAUUUUUUUUGAAAGAAUAUGUAGCAUGACUACUCUGAAUACGCAUUAUUAUUGGUCAACUGCCCAUGAACAGUCCAUAAAAAUAUAUUUUAGUUUGGCUCAAAACAGAAGGCUACAUGUAUAAUUUGAAAAUAUAACUCCAUUUCUGGGAAUGAAACCCUGAAUCUCUCAAAGUCAGUGCAAAGAAGAAAGAAGUAUAUGUUAUAUCAUCUCCAUCUUAGUGCUACAUAUCUUUAUUUCAAUUUGACUUGCCCUGUGAUUUUAAUUCACUGAAUAAUACAUGUAUUUCAAGGUAAGUUUUUCUAAUAUUUUUUGACAGUUUCUUAUCAGCUCCUCUUGCAAAAAGUUCAAGACCACUCCUAGUUAUAAAUAUUUCAAGUCCUGAGUAUGCAUUCAAUAUUGAUAGGUCUUCUGCAUGUUUUAUACCCCCUGAAUUUAUCUUAUUUCAUUUUAUCUGAUAUAUUUUACUUUUUUAUUUUAUUAUUAUCAUAAUCUUUAAACCUGUACUAUCAGUGUAUUUUAUGCAUUAUACUGUACUGUCUAUAAUCAAUUAAGAUAAUAAUGGUACGGAUAACAUUAUUACUGAAGUUAUGAAACUUUUCAAUCAAUUUGUCAUAUGUUUCCACUUCAAUUCUUCAAUAUGAUGUUCUAAGCUCUGCUCUUGAGCCUGGUGCUUUAAUCAUUGUUGUUUGUUGCUUGAGUUUAAUGGAGUUAAUCCAAAAAAGGGAAUAUUUACACUUUUUCUGGUUAUUUUAUUCUUUACCUAAUUACCAUAUGUUUUGUGGUAAAUGUCCAUUGUGCUGAGCCUGAAGCCUUUGAUCCACUGUGCUGUAGGCUUUAGACACAGUCCUACAUCUGAUAUGAUGUUUACAUUACACACUGAGUGACCGAACAGAGACUAAUCACAAAAUCAAGGCAAAAGCUUGCAUCCACUUUGUGGCCUAUUACAUGACUCUUCAUUGUUAUAGUCUCCUCCCAGGCUCUUCACAGCAGGGACAUGUAACCACAUUCUCUUUGCCUUGUAUGAAGGCUAGCUUGAAUGAAACCUAGUGGCCCUUGUGGGGUUUCAGUUGUACCAAGGUCCAGAUCCAUGGUUUAUGCAGAUUUCUUGUAUAUUCACGCUUCCGUUUUAUAGUGGCCUUUGCGGAAAGCAUGCAUUUGAUUGGAUAUUUUCUUGGUGUACACAGUAAAUCAGCACAAUUAUGUACAAAAAUCUGCAUACUUCAAGGUUUGACAGUAUGGUACAAUCAAAACCUAUUUCGAGAGUUCAGGCCAGUAAGGCCCGGUAUUUAAUAAAAAAACUGCAAGAAACAAUUCUUGUGUGUCACUUCUGUAUUGUAGAAUACAUGUUUUGUGCUUAUAUUGUAAUGAUGGAAGAAGUUGCCAUGUAUUUUAGUAUUUAAUUACAUAAAGUAAAAAAGAAUUGUACUUUUAUGAAGAGGAAAUAUUAAAAUCUGUCGAUAUUGUACAAGA